CCACUUUGGGGAUCUCACUACAUACAGAUUAUAGAGCCACCACUGAAGGGAGCUCACUACAUACAGAUUAUACAGCCACCACUAGAGGAAGCUCACUCCAUACAGAUUAUAAAGCCUCCAGUAGAGGGAGCUCACUACAUACAGAUUAUACAGACACCACUAGAGGAAGCUCACUGCAUACAGAUUAUACAGCCACCACUAGGAGGAGCUCACUGCAUACAGAUUAUACAGCCACCACUAGAGGGAGCUCACUGCAUACAGAUUAUACAGCCACCACUAGAGGGAGCUAACUACAUAUAGAUUAUACAGCCACCACAAGACGGAACUCAUUCCAUACAGAUUAUACCAUUACCACUAGAGAGAGUUUACUGUAGACAGAUUAUACAGCCACCCCUAGAGGAAGCUCACUACUUACAGAUUAUACAGCCACCACUAGAGGAAGCUCACUACUUACAGAUUAUACAGCCACCACUAGAGGAAGCUCACUACUUACAGAUUAUACAGUCACUACUAGAGGGAGUUCUCUGCAUACAGAUAAUACAGCCGCCACUAGUGGGAGCUCACUACAUGCAGAUUAUACAGCCACCACUAGAGGGAGCUCUGUACAUACGGAUUUGUAGUGCUUAUUGAGAGGUAAAAACAUUUAUGCACUCAGUGUCCAUCCCCUAUUGUUGUCUGUAGCCUUUGAGAAUGAUUUUAUAUAAGAGACGCAUCCCCUAGAGAGAGUAGAGAGGCCUAAUUCUCACAUGAAGUAAAGUUCCAUUAUAUUGUCCAGUAAAGCCCCAGCUGCUCUGAUACCGGCAGUUAAACACCCUAAAGGGUUACUGACAUAGCCUUUGUUAAUAAUCUGUCUCAUUUGCUUUAUUUCAUAAGCCAUGUCUUCGCAGCUGUCCUCAUAAAGGUCCUUUCUAGUGUGGAGUGAGUCGAAGCAUCUGAAGUGGAAUUCGAUCCGAAGUUUAAGAAAAAUUUGAUUCACCACGAAUCCGAAUUUCCUUGCACUUUGUGGUAAGAAAUCAGUUUUUCUUAAAAUGGCAGCUGCACAUGUUGCAAAUUCAAAGUAAGAAGCCAAGGGAACAAGGGAGCACCCAUAAUGCCAUGCAACCAGCUAAUCAGCAGAUAGCCAUCCCCUGUGAUGUCACAACUCUAUAAAACCCUCAUACACGGAGGUGUCCAUCAUUUCACUGUGAGAUGAGCAUAGGGAGAGAAGUGACUGUCACGAAUAGUGGGGAGGGGAGGAACACCAAAAUAACAACAGAAGGGAAAAGACAAAGAACUAGGCCUCAAGGCAAGGUAGAGGGGAACGGACACCUCCUAAGAAAACCCUAAACCUAGCCCUGACUCCUGUCAGUAUGUAUAGACCCUGAAGGUGGGAAGAUACAUACGCCGGAACGUAAACCCUAGGAGCCCUGAACAUGCCCUAGUGACAGGGAAUGAGACAACUGGUUCCUUCCCAGGUGAAUGAACCAGCGUCUCCCUGAGGCCUAGUAACAACAAGACAAGGGAAAAACCAAAUACAAAGAGCAGUACAACUUAUCUUAUAGAAAAUGGAUGAGCAGGAACACAGGAAGGUCCACACACCAACUCUUUCAAAUCCAAGUAGAGAAUAUUAACCGCAUGGAUUGAGGUGAGAGACUAAACUAAAUAGGGAAUGCAGUAAUAACCACCAACUGCACCUGACAAGAGGUGUGGUCAUUACCAAACAACAACACUGAGAAUCAAGACACUGUCAGUUAACCCCACGUGCAGCCAGUCUCCCAGAUCUUCUAACUUCUGACACGGGAGGUACCGUGACAGUACCCUCCCCCCUCUUCUACGAGUGACCACCAGACACCCAGGACCAUCCUUAUUCGGAUUCUCCCUGUGAAAGGCUUUCACAAGGCAACUGGCAUUAACGUCAGCCGCUUGAACCCACAUUCUCUCCUCUGGACUGUAACACCUCCAGUGAACAAGAUACUACAGGGAUCUAAGGAGAAUUCGGGAGUUCACUAUCUUGGCGAUUUGAAAUUCCAGAUUACAGUCCACAAUGACAGGAGGGGGUGGCAGGGAGGACGGUUCAGCAAGUUCGUCAUAUCUCUUCAGUAAUUAUUUUUGGAAAACAUUAUGAAUCUUUAAAGGGGUUGUCUCACCUCGGUCUUUCCUGGAUGCCGCACUCCUCUCAGGGCCUCGAUUUCUAGCUUGCUGGGGGCGGUGUUGAUAUGUUUGAUUGAUCCAAGUAGAGAAUAUCAACCGCAUAGAUUAAAGUGCGAGACCAAAAUAAAUAGGGAAUGCAGUAAUGACCACCAGCUGCACCUGACAAGAGGUGUGGUCAUUACCAAACAACAACACUGAGAAUCAAGAGACUGUCAGUUAACCCCACAUGCAGAUCAGAAAAAAUGAUGUUCAUAAAUGAUCACUCGCAUGAAUCAUAAGAAGUAGUGAAUAGUGACCUGGAUUAUUUAAGAGUUAACUUUUACAUGUGAUACAAUAUAAAAUAAUUGAGAUAUAUCCCUCAAAAUAUACUAGAGGCUGAGUACACAAUACAGUUUUCCUCUGUCCCACACUCAGGGGGACUCUUUUGGAAACAAAAACAACUGUGUCUACACUUGUACAAUCAGUGUCGGACACUAGGAGGUAACAAGAGCUGGUAUGCACUAGUACAUAAAGUGCACAAAAACAAGGUAGUAGCAAUCAAUGUAUACUGACACCUUAUGUGCACAAUUCAAGCAAUAAUGCAGACAAGAGCAUAUAGCAGUGUGUACAUAAUGCACAAUGACAUACAACAAAACAACAGAAAACAUGCAAUGAUUAGGUGUAAAAAGAAAAAAACGUGCAUGCAGCCGGUCUCCCAGAUCUUCUAACCUCUGACACGGGAGGUACCGUGACAGUGAGAAGCGCACGAUGACCCCUUCAGUGUAGCGCACGUACAGCCCUGGGCAUCUACAGGUAUCACAUGCCUCUUAUUGCUGAACUUCAUGUUGGACGCGGACCUACUGGGGUCAGAUAACUACUUAGCAUGGAGGAACCUUGUUGGUUAUCCGAAUGAACCACACAAAUCACUCCACCAACUCGACCCAAAUUCAUCGUAGCUUAUACGUUCUUUUAGUGCAAAAAAUUAGUCUGCAUUUUUAUUGUAAUGGUAGGAACUAGGCUGGUUUACCAGAUAAUCGCUCCACUAUCUGGACCCAAAUUCAUCAUUCCUAGCUACCACAUUCUGACAGCCACAACAAAUUGUAAACAAAUUCUACAUCACUGCGCAGUGCAACGUAAUUUUAGCCCAUGUGGAUCCCUCUAUAAAGUCCAGGAUCCCUCCAUACUAUGAGCCUAAUGGCAUUUUGCUUUCAAAAGGUAUUAUGGUUAAUCUCAGAUGGGCUGAGCAUGGCGGAUGGAUCAGAUACGGCCGCAGGAUUAUUGCCAUAACGGACAGGAGGCUGAAAAUUAGUAGCUGCCAUAUGAUAUGUUAGCCAAACUGGGGAUGCUGCUGUUAUGGUGUAACGGCAUCUGAAGGCAUAAAAGUCCACAACUGCCAUUACCGCAGGUCACGGACAUUAGUGCCCGGUGUCUGCUCUUUAGAACAGCAGACAUCCGGAGACCAUGACGACCUCUAAACGGGCCAUUUUUAAAUGCCCAGAGGUUAGAAAGAGUUAACUUUCAAGCCUUCGCACUGAGAGGCCUGGGUAUACCUGAUUUAUAGCGUUUCGUGACAAAUUCAUUAGUAACAAAUAGAAUUUUUGGCGAAUCGGCUGAAUCGAGUUUUUCAAAACUUUGCUCACCUCUAUUCCUUUCCAUAAGACGGCCGCUGAUGGAGAGUCAUGUGACCAGACACAUCACUCAGCUUCCCCGACUCAAACACACUGCCCCUGCACUAAGCCUGCAACAGUGCAAGUGAAAAUGGCAGAGACAGUGCGUUUAGACUGGAAUAUACCCUAUGAAAUAUAGAAAAUGGCGCAGAAUAUCAACAAAAGCUAUAUUAGUGAGUGCCGUAUAGUCAUCUGACAAACACAUUGGGUAACAGUAACCAGAAAGUGGACAACCCCUUUAAAGGGUCAAUAGUAGAUGUAGCAUCCACAGGGUUUGUCAGAAUAAGGGAGGGAGCCCCCGUGUCAGCCCACUGGCACGCCCUGACGGCUGCAGGGAAGAUGAUGUCAUUUUGUUGCCUGGUAACUAACAAAUAUUAUGUGGGGAUUUCCAAGUUUUUUACAAGAAAAGUAGGAAAGACUUAAAGGAAGUCACAUGACUUCAAAGAAGUGACAGGCUCAUUCACCCAGUGGACCUCUCAAUGAGAUACAAACUCUCCAGCAUGAGGCCAACCAUGUUCCUCCUUGUACUACUACUCCUAACCUGUGCUGCAGUCAUCCAAAGAAAAGCAAACUAAUAUGGCGGCUGUACAGUGUUGAGGGUUCAUGGCUUCUGUAUGUGGGUCCGGUGCGCUUCCAGGGAUCUGUGUGUAAUCUGUGGAACCUCUCUACUGUAUAUGGGACUCAACUUAAUUGCAAAAUGUUCUUUCUGUAUAAGCUUUGUCUCUAAGAUCUGUUAUAUUAGCGUUAGAUGAAAUGUCAGGGGACCGCCAUGGGGUCCAACAUUACCCCUGUGUUAAUAAAAGCCAAUAUCACCAAACUCAUUCCUCUAUAUCACAACAUGGCCUGAUAAAACAUGUCCUGAGGGGGUGUGAAAGCUCAGCAGAUGAGGUUUAUGGUUAUUUACAUUACUACAAUAUCACCAAAUACUGUGAAGAUAAGUAACUAAAUGUCAGCCAUGUAUACGGCAUACAUAACUCAUGCUGUCCUCAUGGUCUAGAAGAUUGUAAGCUCGUUUUGGGCAGGCCUCUAUUUCCUUUGUAUAUUUUCUUUACAUUCUUUGCCUUUUCCUGUUUAUACUGUAUUAGAGCUUGUAUUUGGAACUUGACGGCUAUGUAAGGCGCAGUGCUGCACAAUAUGGUGGUGAUAUAUGAAUAAAGGAUGAUCAUCUCAGUUAUCUGCCUUCAAGAAUGGCCUACUGCUGUACAGAGGUCUUCUCAGCUAUUGUACUACAAGUCUCAGAAUGUCAGAAUUCCUUGGAUGCUCCAAAUCACUACAAGUUAUCCACAAAUAAAAUGUCUGCGCCUUAUUGUUAGAGUAUGAAGAAGAGAAAAUGAUGAUGCCUGAGGGGUGUGAUGGUAUGAGUGAUGUUGGCCUAAUGACUCACUCAUUCCUUUACAUCACAACAUGGCCUGAUAGGACACGACAUUAGGGGGUGUGAAAUCUCAGCAGAUGACGUUUAUGCUAAUUUACAUUACUAAGGCUGUUUCAUCAGACCUUCCAUCACCCCCUCACUGACUGCUUCCAAGAUGAAGACCUCCAUGUUCCUGCCUGUACUAUUACUCAGUAAUGUUGUUGCUGCAGGAAAUGCUGAGAUCCUGAAAUACGCUGCUGUUGGGUCAUCAUUCACUUUUCCACCAGUAAACAUUUCUCCUGGAUAUCUAUAUGAUUUGAGAACGAAAGACAGCCAAACACUUAUAGCCACCUAUCAUGACUCUGGGAAUGUGAGGCCAUCGUAUAAUCAACGGGGUAACUUCUCAAAAAAUGGGACUGAGCUGAAGUUUAAGCUAGGAAACCUGACCAAAGAAGACAGCAAGACCUAUGAGCAAGUGGUGAACAUGAAGGUUGUGGCUCAGAUACAUCUCAUUGUGAUUGAACCAGUGACUAAGACAACCCUCCGGAAAGUGAAUAUAACCAUAGAUGGCAGCCAAUGUCAUGUCCACCUAGAGUGCAGCGCCCAGGGAGCAGAUCUCCUCAAUGUGAGAUUUCAUAAAAAUGGAGAAGAGAUCACUGGGAACAUCACCAGGAUGGGCAAUUCCAGCUUCUUGAUUAUUGACCCCUUGGAUCCAUGGUCUCCUAGGACCUACACCUGUGAAGCAUGGAACCCUGUAGGAAAUGAGACGUCUCCAGAGAUUCUAUUACCGUCUACUGACAAUGAUAAGUGCAAGAAUGCAACAUGGAACCCUCGAAACUCGAGUGUCAUCAGUAUCAUCAUAGUUGUCGUCCUUUGUAUCAUCAUCAUCAUCAUCAUUACUGCUUUCAUACUUUACAGGAAAUGUCAACACACAAGUGGAGAGAAAACGAACCCCAGCGUGCGCGGAGAUGAGGAGUCUGCUGAGCCAACACCUGAGACAUCACCACUAAUCAGAAAGAAAACAUCUGAAGAGCAAAAAAGUGAAGAUUCCUCCUGUAUAGUACCUGAUCCAGAAGAACAUGGAGACAUGACCAUGGGCAAUGGCCAGGGGGGGCCAACAGCCGAGAAUAUCCAAAACAGUUCAGAUCCCGGUCAUUGUGGACAAAAAGAUAAAUCCAGCGUGGAAUUAAAACCCCUUGUCUCGGUCCCCGACGGUGGUCAAGAAGCAAUUGGAUGAUGUAUAUAGUUUUCAAGUGUUAGCAUGUGAUACAUUUCUAUAUUAUACCUGGUUGGUGUCUAAAAUGGACCAUGGCAGUAAACAAUACUUACAUGGAGAACUUCUGUGGGGAAGCUGAUGUCCAAAACUAAAGGGCACAUGUCUGAAGACCUCAAACAGAUAGAGGUGCCUACAUACCCGGGACUCAGUGACUACAAAGCGGACAUUGACCCAAGAAUUAGGAUGGAGGAAGGGAUGAAGACAAGUUAAGAUUAGGCUCAGGUCACACGGGUGUCAUGAUAUCCAUUUUUAUAGGUGAUGAUGGAUCUUUUCAGCUUCUAACAGAUCAUGAUGGAUCUAAUUGACUUCAAAUACAGUACGUCUAUUAGGUCUCUAUUGACGAGUUACAUUAUUCCAGACAUCAAAAUCCAAGUGAAACCUGACGGGAAAGAACAGGAUUAGGACAAGUCACGUCCACCGUAACAGUAUAAAUGGACACCUUGUAAAUACUGCAUUUCUGACGGAUUAUUGUAGCUUCUUCCCUCUCUGUCUCAGUAAAACUGUUGUGUCUCUAAUGAGGACAAGUGUCAUUUAUUGUCAUAAACACGUAAGGAGACAAGUUCUGAUUGUCUGUAUCUUCAUUCUGCACCUGCACACAAAGCUAUUCACAUGGCGCAGAAGUUACUGCUCUCCGUUUAAAACUAGAAAAUGAAAGAGAAGAUUGUCAUGAUUUGGCAUGGGGCUGACCGCG